AUGAAUAAGAACAAAUUAGUAAAAGAUCCUGCUCCUAAAUUUGAAUGUGUAGAUGAAAUAGAUGAAGCAGAUAAAUAGCCAAAAGACUAUUCAAUAAAGGUUGGAACACUGUAUUAAUUUUCAGAUGGAACUUGGUAUUCAAAAUCAACUGAUCCAACAAGUGAAUUAACAAAUCUUGUGAAUUUAAAUGAUAUUACUAGAGUUAAGUAUGUACCAAAAAAAGUCUGAAGAUACCUGAAUAAGUAUUGAAAGAAUUUGAAUGGACUCCUUUGAUAGCUUACGAGAGUUUCCCAAGGAAUAGGGGAGGACAUUCGAUGCAUGCUACAGGAGAUAUAAUAGUUUUAUUAGGGAGGAUGCUUUUAGGACAUAAAAUACUUUGAUUAUAUUUUUUUAUUAGAUGCAUAACUAAGGAAUGGACUUCUCCUAAAAUUUUUGACAUUCCUCCAGUAGGUAGAAAUGGAUUCGGAGCUUUAGUAAUGGAGCAAGAUUGUAAAUAUUUGGUGGAUAUACUUUACAAGAAAUGACAAAUUUUUUAUUUGUAUUAGAUUUAGAAAGUAAAAAGUUGGAAUCAACUAUUUAGGCCAGGAAUAGCUCCGACACCAAGAGCAGGACACAAAAUGAUUUUGACAACCUUAGGUGGAAUAGUAUUUGGAGGAAUUAUGAACGAAAAAUACUCAAUUGAAGUAUAUAUUCUUGAUAUUGUUAAUGAGAAUCUGUUAAUAAAAGUAGUAAGUGGAGAUAUUCCUAUAGGGAGAGAGAAUUUCUCUAUGAUAUCCCAUCAUGGUGUUGCAUAUGUAUUUGGAGGAUAUGUGACUGGAGUAGUUUAAAGAUGA